AUGGCUGCUGAACUAAAGAAAGCAAUAUAUCCAGAAAAUGCUACGAUUGGAUUGCCUACGCAACACCGGUUCGACCCGUAUACUCUAAAUGGAGGGACCAUUGUCGGAGUUGCUGGAGAUAACUUUGCUAUUCUAGCAGGUGAUACGCGUCUCAGCGAAGGCUUUAUGAUCCAUAGCAGAGAUACCUCCAAGAUUUAUAAACUGACGGAGAAAACAUUCUUGGGAACGUGUGGCUUCCAAGGAGAUGUCUUGACAUUAACCAGAUUAUUAAAUGCUCGUCUAACUAUGUACGAAUUUGAACAUCGCAAGAAGAUGAGUUCAACGGCAAUUUCCCAAAUGUUAUCCACGGUUCUAUAUUAUCGUCGUUUCUUCCCGUAUUACACAUUUAACAUUUUAGCUGGAAUCGAUACCGAUGGCAAAGGUUGCAUAUAUAGUUAUGAUGCAGUUGGAAACUAUGAGAAACAUACGUAUCAUGCUUCAGGCACUGCAUCUUCAAUGUUACAGCCUCUAUUGGAUAAUCAGGUAGGAUAUUUGAAUCAGGAAGGUGUCAGACGUGUUCCACUGACUAUAGAUAAAGCCAGAACGCUUAUUAAAGACGUAUUUAUCUCUGCAACUGAACGAGACAUGUACACAGGUGAUAGCUUGCAUAUUGUCACUAUAACAUCUGAUGGAGUCACAGAAGAUCAUUUUCCUUUACGACGCGACUAA